AUGGAGCGGAUUUUCUAUCUGGCAAACACCGCUGACCCCGUCACAGAUCUUCCGAUCUAUUUGUUCGACACGUCCUUCUUGCCCACCCCAGAGGAGAUUAACUAUGAAGAGUUGAUCCCGGUGUUAUUACAAAAAGUACCUCGACACCCGUUUUGCCUCAUUGUGUUCAGUCUUGGGCUUAAUCGGAUUCUGUGGGUAUGGGGUCUUAAAUUCCUCAAACGGUUCCUCAGCGACAAACAGAACAUGACGAACUUACAAAAGAUGGUCACGGUGCAUGAGCUGUGGUUGGUGAAGCUGUUGACACAGAUAUUGACUAACUACCACUUGACGAUGAAGAAUCUCAAUCUGAUUAAUCGCUACAUCGAUAUCGGUCUGUCCAACAUCGUCGAGUUAUUUGCGUUGUAUAAUGCCAACCAAGUGAAGCUUAUAAAUUGUCUGCUGUUACUGCAGUUGUCGAAUUAUUUUGAUAUUACUAAGCUCAAAAUCUCAUUAGCAGUAUACCGCUACGAUGCCAAAAUCGCCCCGCUUGAAUUGGCCAUGCGCUACAAGCCCCUCAUCAACCAGUACACUGCAAUCGACUACAACAAGAACCCUCUUUUCAUGCAUCAUUUCACUCAGCUUUUGGCGAUUGUGCAAACACAUGGCACCGAGGUGGAGUUAUUGUUUCACCGACCAGGAAACAAAACUCUGACCGAUGUGCUUUACAACUGCAUUAACCGCAAUCAAAUAUUGUGGAUUAACGACUGGGAUAUUUACUGCAUUGGCGGUGUAGUAAAACGCAUCACAAGCGAACUUCCGGUGACCCUCAUUCCCGUCGAUAUGAUACCCCUCCCUGUUGCCGACACGAUGUCUUACCUGCUUUCGCUUUACUUAAAGUUAGACGAGUUCCAUACCCAGCAAGGUCAAGGAUACAAUCGACUUUUAUGGGAGUUGUUGGGUCUUGCGUCAAAACUUUUGAAAGCAGCGGAAAUCACUAAACACACCGCCAACUCACUUGCUCGUCUGUUGGCUCAUUGCAUGUCUCAUCAAGUGGUCAGCUCCCACUCAAAGGACCAAAUUGCUAUUGUUGUCCGUGUACUUACCCAUAUGAUAGAAUGGUGGGAUGAAAUUGGCAUUGAGGUGGCGACGGAGCCUUUGCAACCAGUUGAACGUGAACUUGAACGUGAACAGAAGGCACCCCCGUUACCACCACGCAAGCAAACCUCGCAGGAACUUAAAAUCAAUGACCUGUAUAACAUGUCAUUCGAUCACACCAUGAAUGACACUUUCAGUGACGACGAACCUGAUCUUCAUGAGCAGCUAAUGGCCUUAGGAGAUAUCGAAGAAGAGUCGCCACCACCCAAACCUCCUCGACGCCGUAGCUCUCAAGAGCAGGCGGUGGCUGAAGGUCCGCCCAAACCUUCAUUCCUUCGGCAUUCGCGUAACCUUUCUGGUACCGUCCCCAAUGUUUCCGCUCACGCUCGCACCAGAAGUGUCGGAGGACUUGUGGACACCAAUUUUAAUGCCACGCCAAGGAAGGAUGCUCUUAUGUCGCCUGUCACCACUAAUUCGCAAUUCUCGCGCAUACAACUGACGCUGAACCUGCUGCUUAGCUCGGUGGACUCCGCGGUUAUCCAAGAAGUGCUGGCGGUAAUUCAGGCGAAAAAGAUGCUAUCUGACGUGUCGAAUAUUGCGUUAGAAUUGCCAACACAAAAGUAUAAGGUAGCUGAACCUCAACUACGACUGCCGGCUGCCACCAAACCAGCACCGCCACCCAUUCCAGUUAAGAAACCAGUGAUUCGAGGACGCAAAGUCGGCGAAUUAGCGAGGCUUUUCGAAGAACGUUGCGAAGGGUUGGAACUUUUACGGACUAUGUAG